AGGGCUGACUGUUGUGACUAUUGCGUCUUCGUCGUUCUCCAUUUUCCUCCAAAUUCUCUCCCUCGUCUAGACCUAAAUAUCGCCUCCCAGAUCGCCGUGUUCUUCGCCACAUUCUCUUCUCCACUGCAAUCGGCUUGGCGGCGCUCUAGGCGCCGUGUGCUCGAGUGGCAGGAAUGGGGAAGGGGCCGGGGAUGUUUGGCGAUAUCGGCAAGCGCACCAAAGACCUCCUGACCAGGGAUUUUACAAGUGAUCAGAAGUUCACCGUGACAUCGUCCACGAGCUCGGGCCUUACAUUCACAUCGUUCGGAAACAAAAAGGGGGAGCAAUUUGCUGGGAAUGUCAACACCCAGUUCAAGACGAACAACAUGACUGUGGAUGUCAAAGUCGACACGGAGUCCAAUAUUCACGGAGUCAUCACUGCCGAUGAGAUUGCGAAGGGUGCUAAGACGGUGUUCACGUUCACCAUUCCUGACAAUAAGUGUGGCAAGAUCGAAUUCCAGUACGUCCAUGAUCUGUUCGGCUUGGCCACCAGUAUUGGCUUGACUUCAUCUCCUGUUGCGGACUUAAGCGCAGCUCUUGGAAAUGAUGUGGUGGCUGUAGGUGGUGAGCUCUCGUUCGACACGGCCAGCGGGAAGCUCUCGAGAUACAGCGGUGGGAUUGGACUGACAAAGCCGGACUACAGUGCUGCCUUGAUCACCGCCGACAAGGGUGACACGCUCAAAGCCUCUUACUGUCACACGGUGAACGCCAACACCAAGACGACCGUCGGUGCGGAGGUCUCGCACAGCAUUUCGAAGAAGCAAAACACCUUCACCAUCGGUGCGUUGUACGUGUUGGAUCCUCUCACGGCCGUAAAGGCCAGGCUCAACAACCAUGGCCAAGUUGGGGCUCUCCUGCAACACGAGUGGCGGCCAAAGUCGACGGUCACGCUGUGUGGAGAGGUCGACACAAAAGCGCUAAACAGCAGUCCCAAAAUCGGGUUGGCCGUGGCUCUCAAGCCGUGAGGAGGAUCAAACUCAAGAGAGAGCUCGCGACGAAUCGAUCGAGCGGGUUAGCGACUAUGGCGAUGGUCUCUUGGUUUGGAAGGAAGUUUGCGGAAGAAAGGAUUUGGAGGAUGGGGGAGUUUUGAUAAGAUUGUUGCUGCAACAACAUUGUCGUAUACCGUGUUUUUCAUGUGUAGUAUAGAAACAUUCUUUUCUAUAUGAUCUUUACGAAGGAGACUUGACAGAA